UAAGGGGAGGGGGCGUGUCGUGUCGGGGCUGUCCCUGUUAUUUGAAUAUACAGUAGUUCAGCGGGGCUGGAAUCGGAUUGCGUCGGAUGUUUUUUUCGUCUUGUGAGACGAUCGCAGCGGGACGCUGAGCUGUCGGUCGUCGGUAAACGCAGCGGGGCCUACGUUGAACACUUGAAUGAGAUCGCUCAGCUGAAGGAGGCGUUUUUCUCUCUUUAGCUGUGUCUCUCUCUCCGCUGCAGGAACAAACACACGAGUGGAGAGACGCUGCAAAGCCAACCAGGAAUAUGGACUUGCACAUCCUGGACCACAGGCUGCGGGUCACCAGCAUUUCCAAGAACGGGCUGGUGAAUUUCACACACCCCCUGAUUAAACUGAUCUUUCUCCGGAACCGGACACGAUGCAAGUUUUUCAGUCUGACAGAGACGCCAGAGAACUACACUGUGGUCCUUGAUGAGGAAGGAUUCAAAGAGCUGCAGCCCUCCGAGCACCUCCAGGUUGAAAGCUCCAUCUGGCUGCCGCUCAACGUGGUCUCCAACGGCAACGCCUCCAGCAGCUCUCAGGCCGUCGGCGUGACCAAGAUCGCCAAGUCGGUCAUCGCCCCCCUCGCCCAGCAGCACGUCUCCGUCUUCAUGCUCUCCACUUACCAGACCGACUUUAUCCUGGUGAGAGAGAAAGACCUGGCUGUGGUCGUCACCACUCUGGAGGAGGAGUUUAACAUCUACAAAGAGGUGGGAGGAGAGUCUGUCCCUGUGCACUGCCAGGAUGUUUCCAACGGCCUCCAGAAGAACGGCAAAGAAGCCAUCCAUCCCACAGUCCACCCGGUGCUGAUCCCCCAGAACCAGUUCUGCGUCAUGUCUCUGGACCCGGACACGCUGCCGUCCAUCGCCACCACGCUCAUCGACGUCCUCUUUUACUCCAACAGUCCUAAAGAAGACACCCAAUCGUCUCCGAGCCGGGACUGCAUCAAGUUCUUCUCAUUCUCCCUCAUCGAUGGAUACAUCUCACUGGUGAUGGACACUGAGGCUCAGAGACAGUUUCCUGCCGACCUUCUCUUCACCAGCUCCUCCGGGGAGCUGUGGCGGAUGGUUCGUAUCGGGGGACAGCCUCUGGGUUUUGAUGAAUGUGGAAUAGUCGCCCAGAUAUCUCAGCCUCUCGCUGACAGCGACAUCUCUGCCUAUUACAUAAGCACCUUCAGCUUCGACCACGCUCUGGUCCCUGAGGAGGAUAUAGUGAGUGUGACCGGCAUGCUCCAGCAUCAGAGGAAAGAACCGGCCACCAGCUGAUUUCUGAAAUACCGACUGAACCAGACGAUCCCGGCUCCGUGUUUUCUCCCCACGGUUCCAGUGGCGAUGGGGUGGCAGGCCGGCAGGAGGAAGGAGGCUAACUCUGUGCCUAGAUUAGCACUGCAUUGCCAGCAGUAUUAACUACUACAAAUUUGCCAUGAACACCAGAAGCGCUUCUCUUCUGUGUACAUACAGGUUGACUGUGAGGCUUCCUGUCUUGCCUACUCAAGGCAGGAUGCACUGAGUCCCAAGGGGCCCAAAAGCACACACACAUGCACACACAAGAACACACUCGCAUACACUACAAGUCAAAAGUUUGGACACACCUUCUCAUUUUUUCUUUAUUUUCAUGAUGGUUUACAUUGUAGAUUAGUUUUGAUGAGUUUGGUGAGAAUCUACAAUGUAAAUAAUCAUGAAAAUAAAGAAAAAACUUUAAAUCAGAAGAUGUGUCCAAACUUUUGACUAGUAAUGUGCAUUGUACCAGUGCUAUAAAAGCACAACUUAGUCUUCCAGUAAUGUUCAUAUCAUAACACCAUGUGUCUAAUCGACCAUUUUGUUUGUUUAUUGUUUUACUGCAAGAUCUGACACAAAAAAUUGCAGUUUUACAUUUCUGUUAAAGUGCGUAGCUUGAAAUGCAGGUCAGUUGUGAGAAUGCUGCAGUAGUUUUCAUGUAAAAGAAACCUCAUAUAUGACAAUUUGUUUUCGGUUUGAGAGGAAUGGGCCGAUUCUUGUCAGCUGAAACUACUGCAAAUGCUGUAGGGGUGUUUAUUUUCGUUAAUAAGAGGUCAACAUUUCGUAACCAUGACAUUAAGGUCAAUAACACUAUGUCUUAUUUUUUGUUAUUUGCACAAACUUUUAAUUUAGCUAAUAUCACUUAGAUGUUUUCUUUGGUACAACUACAUUUUAUACAGUUUGAAGUAAAAGUAUUCUGUAAACAUUUGUAAAUUUUGUGCUGCUUCCUUUAAUAAAAAUGAUUGAAAGCA